CGUCUGUGCGACAGUGGUUGUUGUGGCGUGGAGACUUGGCGAAGUGACCCGGUGCUGCCGCGUCGUUCUUUGGCAUCAGCCGUUGUCGUCGAAGCCAAGUGUCCGGCCUUUGACGCUUGCUGCCAAUCGAAGUUUUAUAUCGGCCUGUCAUGUGGUUGUCGUGACGGGUUUCUCCAUGGGAUAUGGCUACGCUCACGUGCAGGGUCCAGUACCUCAACGACAUCGACCCAUUCUCGGCGAGCACCAAUUUUCCCGAGCCCGCGCGGCCACCAACAUACGUGUUCAAUGUAAACAUCCCUUUAAUCAACCAAAUCGCUGGCGUACACCGUCUCCUCAAGGCGCCGCAUAAGUUGGACGACUGCACGCUGCAACUGUACAAGAUCAAUGCGACCGACAACGACUAUGGCAGCUACCUGGACCUCGAGUCGACAAUCGACGAGCAGGGCGACGACUUCGAAGGAUUCCAGGACAACCGGAAGAACGCAGUCCUGCUUCGCACUCAACUCUCCGUCCGAGUUCACGCGAUCAUAGAGAAGCUGCUCAACUCGACAGGACGAGAACUGCGACGGGCACUGUUCUCUCUCAAGCAGAUCUUUCAGGAUGACAAAGACCUGGUGCACGAGUUUGUGCAGAACGACGGCCUUGCUUGCCUCAUCAGAGUGGGCUCUGAAUCAGACCAGAAUUACCAGAAUUACAUCCUUAGAGCUUUGGGGCAGGUUAUGCUCUACGUGGACGGAAUGAAUGGCGUCGUGGAACACAACGAGACAAUCCAAUGGCUCUACUCUCUCAUCGCGUCCAAGUACCGUCUGGUGGUGAAGACAGCUCUGAAACUUCUUCUUGUCUUUGUGGAGUACACAGAGAACAACAGUGCACUGCUUAUGAAUGCUGUCAAUGUAGUUGACCAUGAAAGAGGUGCAAGACCAUGGUCCAACAUAAUGAUGUUGCUGAAUGAAAGGGACUCUGCAGACAUGGAGCUGUUGGUGUACUCCAUGACACUCAUCAACAAGACUCUCAAUGGUAUUCCUGACCAGGACACCUAUUAUGAUAUUGUUGAUUCGCUAGAAGAGCAGGGAAUGGAACGACUUAUACAGUACUACAUGUCCAAGCAAGGCACCGACUUGGAUUUGCUUCAGCAAUUUCGAAUAUACGAGGCUGUUCUCAAGCACGAAGAUGGAGAUGGGGAUGGAAAAGCUCUGCCUCUUGAUGUUCGGCUAAGGCAAGUUCCUCGUAGUCGCAAGUCAAGUAGUAAUGAUGAAAAUGAGAGGCGGAAAAGCCGACGCCACUCGCUGGGAAACCUUGCUCCAAAUAGCACGAGUCCUUUCAAGCAGCGGCCUUCACCACUUGCCAAGACACCUGAAGCCACCAGCACAUUUCCACAAUGGAGGAGAAGGGAUGUGAACCAAAAUGAGGAGCCAGUAAAAACGCCUGACCAUGGAAAGAAUGGGAUUGCUCACAAUGAUGUUGAUACCCCAGAAAUAGAUGAUGUUGUAAAUGGCAUUACUCCUGCAUUAAGGCGAAGGCGAGAGCGGGAUGCUCGUAAUCGUUGCCUCAUCAGAGAACAGGAGGAAAAUGGACGUGAUCAUCAGACAACCGUUUCACCACCUGUCCCAUCUCCACCUACAAACUUCACCGAGAAGCAGCCUCAGAAAGGACCAUCCUUCAUCGAACGCACCCGUUCCCGUUUUGAAAGCCGCAUUGAAGACGAAAAUAGAAAAAAUCAACAACUUUCUCAACAACAGCAGCAACAACAGCAAUCACCUGCAGCUCCUAACUUCUCCCCACUUCAGAGGCCUACGAAUCUGCAUGUUGAACCACCAAAGACUUUCAAUGUCUGCCCAAACAAAUCACCACAGCCUUACAUGAGUCCAACACAAAGGGACCCCAGCAAAAAGUCUUGGAUGCUCUCCAUGAUGUAUGGGAAAAACCAGGAAGAGGAGAACUCACGUGAGGAGGAGUUAGUUCGACCACCGCAACAGCUUAAAAAGGAUGGUCUUCGAGAGCUUCAAGAUCGCAUCAGCGGAAGGACAACAGACGGCCCAGCCACAGACAUCUCCACAGCUGGUGCUGUCAGUAGAGCAAAGGAAGGGCUUGCAGCAUCACGUUCACGAUCUGACUUCCGAUCACUACUUCCACAGACGAGCUCAUCUUCAAUUCCUGACUUGCUGUGGAAGGCUGACAAUGAUGUGCAGUGGGAACAGUUAGUGCGGUCCAUCAGGCGGCCACUCCUCAUCAAUGACCUUGAUUUCACAGACCUAAGGGAUGAUGAUGAUGCAGAUGUGCUCCAGCCAAUGAACUGUGGUGUUGGCCAGCCACCACCACCACCACCACCCACAGGGGGACUUCCUCCACCACCACCUCCAAUGGGAGGGCCACCUCCUCCCAUGGGAGGGCCACCUCCUCCACCACCACCUAUGGGGGGUCCUUCUUUUGGUGGGCCCACAAAGGUUGCUCCACCACCGCCGGCUGCUCCAUCAUGGCUGCAGCAGCGGCAGCAGCAGCAGCAGGCACAGCAGCAAGCCCUCAAUGCCCUUCCUCCAAAGAGCAAAAAGACAGUGAAACUUUUUUGGAAGGAAGUGAAGGUAGAUCCAGCGAUGUUGUCGAAGAUGGCCAAGAAGAAGACCAUCUGGGAUGAACUCAACAGGGUGCAUGUUGACACACAGAAGCUGGAACACCUGUUUGAAAGCAGGGCCAAGGAAGUCCUGAACAGGAAAAAUCAAGAAGGAAAGAAGAAUGAAGUGAUAGUGCUUGAUGCCAAACGCUCCAAUGCCAUUAACAUUGGCAUGACCAAGCUUCCACCUCCAAGAACAAUCAAAACAGCUAUCCUAAAGAUGGACAGCACCAUUAUGAACAAAGAAGGCAUUGAGAAAAUAUUGACAACGAUGAUGCCAGGAGAAGACGAGAAGAACAAAAUCAUGGAAGCACAGAUGGCAAACCCGGAUGUUCCCCUCGGCAAUGCAGAACAGUUCCUACUGACACUUGCAUCCAUUAGUGAACUUGAAGCUCGACUCAGGCUUUGGGCUUUCCGCUUGGAUUAUGAUGUUAUGGAGCGGGAAGUUGCCGAGCCACUUAUGGACUUAAAGCAAGCAAUUGAGGAAAUUGAAACAAACAAGACAUUCAGGGUUAUCUUGGCCACAUUGCUAUCCAUAGGAAACUUUCUCAAUGGUGCGGAGGUGAAAGGCUUUCAGAUUGACUACCUGGCCAAAGUUCCUGAAGUAAAGGACACUGUUCACAAGCACUCAUUAUUGCAUCAUUUGUGCCAUAUGGUCAUGGAAAAGCACCCAGACACUACUGAUCUAUACUCCGAGAUCGGAGCUGUCACGAGAAGUUCUAAAGUUGACUAUGAUGAGGUUGCGAAAAAUUUGAGCAAGAUGGAAAGUGAUUGCAAGGCGUCAUGGGAGCACCUGAAGGUUAUUGCUAAGCAUGAUGGAUCAGCCAUGAAAGCCAAACUGUCUGAAUUCCUCAACGAUUGUGCAGAAAGGAUAGUCAUCCUAGGCAUCAUUCACCGGCGUGUUCAUAACAGAUUUCACAAGUUGCUGGUGUACUUGGGAUGCCCACCACACUCAAUUAGAGAAACCAAAGCACAGCAAGUAUGCAAAGUCAUCAGUGAGUUUGCUCUGGAGUAUCGCACGACAAGGGAACGUGUACAGCAACAGUUUGAGAAGAAAGCAAACCACCGUGAAAGGAACAAGACUCGUGGAAAAAUGAUCACUGAGAUGGACAAGUUCAAGACAAAAGAGCAGCAGGCUGACCAAGAGCUGAGGCAGCUCCUUGGAAAUGGAACCUCUGAUGUUGAAGAGCCCAAAGGAGGGAAAUGGGGAACUGUGCCUGGUAUGCGGGCUCGGCCAAGGAUACCGCAAGGCCCUGGGGGGACCCUUGGUCGGCACAGUACUCCAACAAGGGAUGAUAACCUGACUGAUGCUGAUGAUGAGAUCUUAGAGAGCCUUGUCAAAACAGCCACAGCACAGCCUGCACGAAAUGAGCCACGCAUUCGCAAGAAAGCUCGCUACGGUGAUAGAAAGUCACUUCGCCGUACCUUAAAGAGUGGGCUGGAUCUUUCCGAGGAUGAGCGACGUUCUUUGGCUGCAAUGUCAUCUUAGUGGGCUUCAUUCUUGGACCCCUGUAGCAGGAGGUGUUCACACUAAGCAGUACUGUUGAAUGACUUUAGCAUGACAGAAUUAGCAAAAAAUAGCUGAUCUCAAGAGGUGCUGUAAGCAGCUUUAUGUUGCCUUAUUUUCCCCUUGGUACUGUAGUGGGACAUUUCUGUCAUUUAGAUUGGAUAUCACUUGUUAAGAGACUGUAAGGGGUAUUGUGAUCAGAUUAGAACAUGUAUGCUUAGUUUUUCAUUUGAGGCAUGAAUUGACACUUGUGCUGAAGUGACAGAAUAUGUGUGAUAUCAGCUUUUUUCAAUUCUGUGGUGCUCAAGUUGCAAUUCUGUUUAGAGUGUGACAUGUGUGUCGUCUCGAUUUUCUACAGUGUUCACAUGCAGAUUGCCUUCUUGGCCACAUCUGAGUACUUUGAUGACACAUAGUCUGUAGGAUUUUUUUUUUUUUCAGUGAUGUUUUUUUAGAAGCAGACAUGGAGAAUAUGUGAGAGCAUAUAGGCUAAGAAGCAAGUGAGACAUACUCUUGUGGUUCACCAAUCACUCCAUAUGUGAUGUGUUAGUUUCAGUGUAAAUAUGUUGUACUAUACUGAGUAGUCUAGUGAUUGCCAAGUUUCUUUCUCUCUACUUUGCUUCUAUUUGCCAUAUCUUUAUAUUCUUGCCCUCCUGUUCUCCAAGGCUGAAUGUUGUUGAUGAGUUGUAAAGAUGAAGUGCAACUCUAAACAAAGACAGCUCUUGUGUGGUUUGUUUGCAGACAUGGCACAUUUUGGCCAAGAACAAGUGAAGUUACUUAAGCCAGGUGCAUUUUGUUAGCCAAUUUGUUUUUGUACAGUAAGAAAGGUUAUUUAUUUGUUUUUUGUUCUGAAACCCCUGUGAUCUAUUUUCCAAGAAGUGUCUUCUCGCAGUUACUAUGUCAUGCAUCGACUGAUAGAUCUGUCUUGCAACGGCGACUGCCACUGUAGAAGCUGAGCUUGCAACUGAUUUGCGCCAAAGUGGCCACAGUAUAAACAUAUACUAGGAGACAUUUGUGUUCCAUUUUACAUACACACCUGCACAGAGAGAAGCUGUGGCUUUCCUAAGUCCUUUUGUUUGUUUACUGAAAUGUACAGUAUUAGGUUUUCUUCUGAUGACAAAAAUGUCAUUUUGCUUUGUCAAGAGCAAUUUUUCCUGCAACUUCAGUGCCAGUAGCAUCACUUACUUCUCCUCAGAGCCUGGUGUGGUGCAAAGUUGUACUUGCAGCAAGUACAUAAAUUAUCUCAAACAUUCAUCAUGCUCUGAACAAUGGUUGCUCUGUUACUGUCUCAUUCUGCCAAAUAUUUUCUUUCUUUGAGAAGUGCAUCUUUUGUUUAGUGCAUUUUGUUUUUCUUUUCUUUACUAUGCGAGAUCUUAUGCAGGGUAAGCUAAAAGUAUAAGUCUAGGUAUAUGAAAGAGUAAAAGUAGUGUUGCUGCCCCUGUUCACCUUCAGGACUCGGACAGCCUAAAGGUGUGUGAAAAAGAUUGUGACAUCUGCAAUAUUGCCAAAUAAAGAACACAUCUGCCAGUCUGA